AUGGCUUCAUCAUCGACAUUAGCAGCAGCGGACGCAAAGAAAAUAAAGAUGGAUGACGGGGGCUCAUUAGCAGCACCAGAGGCAAAGAAGGCAAAGUUUGAUAACGAGAGUUAUUCUUCAAAGAUGGAAGUAGAAGAGUCAGUUGGCGGGUCAAAAUCUGUAAAUGAUAGCAUAGCUUCGGCAUCAUCAACAAAGAAAAUGCUCAUUCUAAGAAGUUCCGACAACGAAACUCUUGAGAUUGAAGAAUCAGCUGCUUUAGCAUCAAAAAUAUUAAGAGGAAUAAUUGAAGAGAGUGAACGUGUUGGUGGUAAUAUCAUAGUUCCGCUGCCAGAGGUUUCGAGUAAGGUUUUAGUACUAAUAAUCUCGUAUCUUAACAAACAUCACAAUGAGGAAAAUAACAACGCAGAAGAGAUGAAAGAGAUGUUAGAAUGGGAUGAUGAAUUUUUCCAAGCAAUUGAUAAUAAUGAAAUGCUUUUUGAUUUGAUUAAUGCUAGUAACUACUUGAAUAUAAAGAGCUUACUGGAUAGUGCUUGUGAUGAGGCUGCUGAAAGGAUGAAAGAUAUGACAGUAGAAGACGCAAGAGAAAUGUUUUUGGUUGAGAAUGAUUUUAGUCCCGAAGAAGAAGCAAAGGUUAGACAAGAGUCUGCAUGGGCUUUCGAAAAAUGA